CUCCUCCUCCUCCUCCUCCUCCUCCACCCUCCCUCCAUUUCCUAAAUGGAAGUGAGCGCUCUCCGCGCGCUCUCGCUGCUCCUCAGCCCGCCUGCACGCGCUUACGUUCCCGUCGCCUUUCUCACCGUUUCUGCUCGCGCCGAGUGGAAGUGAGAGAGAGAGAGAGGGAGAGGGAGAGAGAGGUGAGGGUCCCGCUGGAGGCCCUGAAGCUUCUUCUGCUGCUGCUGCUGCUGGAGUGGUGAUGAUGACGAUGAUGAUGACGGUGAUGAAGGUGGUGAUGAGGAUGAUGAUGAUUAACUGUGAAAAAUGCUCCACUGACUGAUCCGCUCUCCUCUCAAGCCCGCUCCGUGUUAUUUUUGCAACAAUGAUGUAUUCUCCCCUCUGUCUGACUCAGGACGAGUUCCAUCCGUUCAUCGAGGCGCUGCUCCCGCACGUCCGCGCCUUCGCCUACACCUGGUUCAACCUGCAGGCGCGCAAGCGCAAAUACUUCAAGAAGCACGAGAAACGCAUGACCAAGGAUGAGGAGCGCGCCGUCAAGGACGAGCUGCUGGGUGAGAAGCCCGAGGUCAAGCAGAAAUGGGCCUCGCGCCUCUUGGCCAAACUUCGGAAGGACAUCCGGCCCGAGUGCCGCGAGGACUUUGUGCUGUCCAUUACGGGCAAGAAGCCGCCAUGCUGCGUCCUGUCCAAUCCGGACCAGAAAGGCAAGAUGAGGCGGAUCGACUGCCUCAGGCAGGCGGACAAAGUGUGGAGGCUGGACCUGGUGAUGGUCAUCCUCUUCAAGGGCAUUCCCCUGGAGAGCACGGACGGCGAGCGGCUGGUGAAAGGAGGCCAGUGCUCCAACCACAUCCUGUGCGUGCAGCCGCACCACAUCAGCGUUUCCGUCAAAGAGCUGGACCUGUACCUGGCCUACUUCGUGCAGGAGAGAGAGGCAGCGGAGCAAAGCAGUAGUCCUCGUACAGGUAUUGGUUCAGACCAGGAGGACAGUCGAGCUGCAACAAUGGAUGGGCCUGAGUUUCAGGAGAGCUUUGUCACAUCGGGAGUGUUCAACGUGACAGAACUGGUGCAAGUGUCCAGAACACCUGUGGUGACGGGAACAGGGCCAAACUUCUCUCUUGGGGAACUACAGGGGCACCUGGCCUACGAUCUCAACCCCACAGGCGUGGCCAUGAGGAGAACCCUACCCAGCACAUCCUCCAGCGGAAGUAAGAGGCAAAAGUCCAGCUCUGUUGAGGGUGAUAUAGACACCAGCCCCGGAGGCGAGUACUACGCCUCUCCAAACUCUCCAGCUAGCAGCUCCCGAAACUGGCAGGAUGAGAUGGAAGGAGGGAUCUCCCCAACAGUGAAGAAGACUGAGAUGGAUAGUCCGUCUCCUCAGGAGAGUUCUCCACGCCUCAGCAGCUUCACACAGCACCACAGACCCGUCAUCGCAGUGCACAGCGGUAUCUCUCGGAGUCCGCACCCCUCGUCGUCGCUGCAUUUUUCGACUACCCCCAUCCUGCCCCAGUCCACCUCCACCUACUUCCCGCACACGGCCAUCCGCUAUCCCCCACACCUCAGCACGCAAGACCCGCUCAAGGACCUGGUCUCUCUGGCCUGUGACCCGUCAGAUCCACAGGCCAGCCCGCUGAAUGGCAGUGGUCAGGUGAAGGUCCCCCCUCACUACAUCUCCUCUCAGAUGCUGGCCCCUCCGCCUCCCCCGGCCCUGCCCCGCCUGACGUUGCCCCCUGACUCCAAAUCCAGCACCACCUCUGCAGAUGCAGCCUCCAGCUCGCCCACCUCCCCCACAUACUCUGCUCCCGGGACACCACCUGCCAACCGCUCCUUCGUAGGAAUUGGCUCUCGAGACCCUGCUAGUCUGUAUCAGGCUCAGUCCUGGUAUCUGGGGAACUGAUCUAGACGCAGCAGAUUCACCCAAGGGGGCGCGGACACGGAUCUGAGAUUUUUCUUUUUUUUUUUUCCUUUUUUUUUUUGGUGGAAUUACGAAAAACAACAAAAGAUUGUGAACAAGAUGCAAGAGGGAAAACAGAUAUAUAUGCAGUAUUUGUAUAUAUACAUAUACAGUAUAUGUGUGUACGUAUGGACAUAUGUGCACACAUAUAUUUCUAUAUGCAUAAAGAUAUAUAAAAACGCUUCAGUACACUUUUUGGAGAGAGACAUCGGAGAAGGAAUGUCCGGAGAGAUUGAGAGCACGAGAGAGAGAGAGAAGGAGAAAGACUACAGAUGCAUAAGAAGAGGAGAGAGAAGAGGAUUUUGUUUUGGGGGCAGCCACAACUGAACUACAGGGCAGAGAAUGGAAAAACAAAAAACCUGCAGAAAAAUUUUAAAAAGCCCGCCUUUGCUUUCCUCCUGGAACGGCCCUCCUCCCCCCGCCCUCCCACCAACCCCUCCCCUGCUACAGGUGCUGCUUCCUCAUAUAUGCAAAAUAAGUAUCCUUUAUUUUCUUGAGCAAACGGGACGAGAAAUGCGCGAACUUUCCCGCCACGGUGAUGAUGUCCCUGUUUUCUUGUAUUUCUUUUGGUUGUUUUGAAUGUGGGCAGAGGUUUCGGGGCAAUAUGAAGGGUCAGUGACUUCCCUCAAGUUCCCUUCACCUACCGUUUCGACAAAAGUAGGUUCGAUUUUAUUGACAAUCAUAUUUUAUUUUUAAAAUCACAUCUGCCAUUCUAAUUCAGAGUCCACGUUUUGGUGGAAACCAUCGUUUUUUUCCUUAUUUUUUCUACCUUUAAUUAAAAUGCGUGGUACGUCUGUGGCAUUAUGGGUCGCAGUCAGCGUGCGUAUGCACACCUUCACGCACACUCAUUCACAUUCAUGUACAAGCCCACCCGAACAGGCUUCUUCAGCAUUGGCAUGUACUGUUAAUGGAUAAAUGGAUACACUAAGUGUUGGUCAGAUGAUUGAGAGCCUGUAGGAGCAGCAGGGGUCUUAUAGCACCUUCUCCGUGACACUGAAAAGCCCCUUGGCUCCUGUAGUCUACUGUAUGUGCGUGAGUGUGCAUGUCACAUGCAUUUAAAGGUCUCUUAUCCAUCCCAGUGAACAUACUUACACACAAGUAUGUGUUGUUGUUUUUUUUUCUUUUUGAUUCAUGUAGAUAAGAGUAUCCUACAUAGUGACAAAGGGAGUAGGACUGUAGUUCUGUCACUACUAAGACAGUAUUGGGUGUAGAGAAUAGACUCUUUUCUCCUUUUUUAGUGUCAUUUGUUUAAACUGCAUUGGAAAUUACAGGCAUUGCACUACUUAAAAUUUUUUUAUUUUUCCUCUUUUGCUUUUUUUUGGCCUAAUCAUGAAUGAAAUGCUGCAAGCCAGAGUUUAUUUUAGGACUUUUCUUUCUCUCGUGUUCUGGUAGUAGGGUACAUGAGUGUUGGCUUCGGAGAAGUUCACGACUGCUCGUGCUUGAGUUGUGUAUCCCGUCAUACAGAAUGCUUCCGUUUUUGAAGGGGAACUCCACUGAUUUUUAGAUUUUUCCUUGAGAUGGAAACAAAGUAAUUCAGGUGGACUGAUGUGAAUGUCACUGUAGAGAAAUGUACGCUACAAUUUCUUUACAGUGGUGGUGAUAAAAACCAGGGGUCACAAUGUCUACAACACAAAUAUGGGCAAAUUAUUUGCUAUACAAAAUGACCAUUGAACCUACAUUGUGUCUUGUGAGUUUUUAUAUGCAACGUUGAUGACAGUGUAAUAGUGAUAAACCUGAAACAAAUAUAUUACACUACUUUGAUUUUUUGCUUUUUUUUUCCUCUUUUUAUUUUUUUGGCCUAAUCAUAUGAAAUGCUGCGAGCCAGAGUUUUUUGUGACUUUAAUUUUGUAGCCUGUACCCCUCUGCCAUGAAUGGAUAAUAAAAAAGUAGAUUUUAGACCCAAACUUCUCGAAACUAUCAGGCAGCAUAAUCAUUUAGUGUAAUAACCUUUUGUGAGGGAGCUUUUAAGGUUGGACGUCUGGUUCCUAUCACCACCACUGUGAACAGUUCUGACUCGGUAAGUUUCUCUAGAACAGAGCGUCUCACACCAAACCACCCUGAAUGACUCUGUUUACAUCAAAACUAUUUACUUAUGCAGAGAUUUUGAAAAAUCACUGACUUCCCCUUUAUGGAAUUUCUGGAUUCCCACUUUGAGCGCGCUCUCUACAGACUGCAUUACUUCAAAAGUAAACCAACAGUCUCUUAAGGAGAGGUUAAAGAUCUCUGGGUGGAAGAUCUGAUUGUUUUUUUUUUUAAGCCGAAUCAUCGACUGAGGAGAAUGUGAACGGUUUGAGUACCUUUCGAAAGUUCCCAGCUGUCUGUUUCACAGAAUUCUUUGCUUGUGGGACGCCCAUGACCAGCGACGUGUGUGUGUGUGGCUCCAGGUCCCUCUUUGCUGGUUAGUGUUUUUAUUUUUGUGAAGAAAUGGGCUCGUUCGCUGCACUCUGAGAUGUGUUGACUGAAAUUGUGUUAAUAGAAACAUCAGGGCUUAAGACUCUGCUACCAAACCCAAAAUAAUCACAAAAGCCAUGAAAAGUGCCUAAGACAUUGCAAGAGGUUCAUUUGAUUUUUUGGGUUGGGUUUUUUAAGCCUUUUUAUUAUUAUUAUUAUUAUUUGAUCCUGUUUUGAACUGGACCCACUGUCACCCUCAUCAUAGCGGGUUAUCGUGGAGUCGGACAAGUAGCACUGGUGUGAACAGAGUGGUAUAGCAAAGCCCAAAGCAGCUACAGUACUGUGCAAAAGUCAAAAAUCCCCCUUCAUUCUAGUCAAACAGUCAUUAAAUACAAGCUGCUAAUUUUUUCUGAAAUAUUUCUGAGGAGAUUAAAUUGAAGAUAAUCUGCUUGCAGGGAAGGAGAAAAACCAAGAGUUUCUAAAACUGGAGUUCAGAAAUUUCUUAGAGUCAGAGAAAAUGGGCCCCCUAACAACCACCUGGAAGGCUUGGUAGCCCAUCAAAUCUGCCCCAUCAGAUAAACAGCACUUAAAGCUUUCCUCUUCGUCAUUUCCUGACACUGAAAAUGAAUAACUUGUAUUUAAAUGGCUUUUUGACUGGAAAUGAAACAAAUGACAGUCUUGAUUCUGUACAUAAACACCUAAGAGGGCACAUGGAACACAUUUGCCCCCCUCUGGCAUCAGCUGCGAAUAACUAAGCCAACACAUAUCAAAGCUGGAUAAGGUCUACAGCAACAGGCCUACGACAGAAGGAAGGCUACGACAGUCCACCGUUUCCUCUUUUCUCCGCUAACCUUUAAAAGAGCUUUGCAUACCAGUUCUGUUCAGUCUGUGACCCGGAAUGCAGACAUAACAUGACUUGUGUUCAAGGUGCUGACAUGAAAAACUAUAUUGAGAUCUAUAUAUACUGAUUAUAUAUAUUACUGCAUGGUGCUUUCUAAAGAAAAAAAAAGAAAACAAGAAUUAAGCUCAAAUGACCACCGUUUUGCUGACAUGGGCGCAUGGCAGAUACUCUUAGUACAAGCUCUGAAGCUAAACUCUUCUCACCAAACUACUUCUCCCUUAAGAACGAUCCUUACCAACCCCCUCCCCCACCCCCCAAAGCAGAACAGAGAGCGUAGGACACGGAUGGGUUUUUACCUUUACCUUUGUACGACAUAGGUUUUGAAUUUGACUCCCUCCGACCGGCCCCCCCACCUCCCCCCUUUGACUUUGCACGAUGUUUUAUAUAACACAUUAUGUGCCUUGCCUUUAGUUAAGAACAAUAAUACAUGAAAAAUUGUAAAUUAAUUUCUUUUUUAUGUAACCAAGUGUCGCUGAAAACGAAACAAAAAGGUGUAAAAAAUGAAAAAAAAUGCUGCAUGUUUGAUUGCUUGUCAUUAUCCGAUUAGGACUAAUAGAUAACAGUAGACUGAGACGGGUGAGACUGGCUUUUUUUCCCCCUUUGAUAAGUAUGAUAGUCCUCUUUCCAUUGCAUGAAAUCUUUCUUCUUCUUCUUCUUGUUUUUUUUUCUCAUUUCACUCUUUUAAGUUGUUUCUCAGUGUCGGCCCUUUCGCUCCUGUAGAUCAGCGCUACAGGUACCCGCUCUCUCUUUUCCCUUUAGACCUUCAGAUAUUCGCCCAAGUUGUUAAUCUUUUUUUUUUUUUAAUGAUUUAGACGGAAUGUAGCUUAGAGCAAAACGUUUCAAGGACUCAUGACAGACGUGAGAAAGAAUAGGCAGAAAAAAAGAAAGCGAAAAUGUGAAUGAAUAGCACCCUUUCAUAGUCGUGAUGUUCAGCCUCGCCCUGGUGGUGGAGAUCAAGGCUCGUAAGCAGGAGGAAUUGGGAAGAUUACUGUUGACGGUGUCAGGACCUGCUCUCGGAGCAGAAGGAAGUGCGUCUCGGGCCAGAUGGAGAGGCUGAAAUGGAAGAAUGUGCUGGGUUUUAACUUCAGGACGUCCUGACCUUUCCACAUGUACACCCCACACUGAAGAGAAAGUGCUUUGACUAUGCAUGAUUCUAGUGUGUCAGACAGUUGAACAUGAAUAAAAUGGAAUACAAUCCCUGUUUGGGGAAUUCUUAGGUUAAAGUCAAGCUACAUUUAACAAAACAGACCCUUUUUUUACCUUGUUAGUUCGUCUUACUGAUCAUACUAAGCAUAAUUCAUCAAAUAUCCAUUUUAAAGUUCUUAUUUUUCAUCAAAAUAUAAUGACUUUAGCCACACCUCAGUAAUGCCAUGUUUAACCGCCCCCUCCCAACACACGGCUGGUCUUCCAGGGUCACAUGUGAUCUUAACGCAAGAAUACGCAUCUAAAGACAGCUUCAAAGUUCUGGUGCUGGAUUGCAGUGAAAUCUGCCGCUAACAAGUGUUCACCCCCUCCAAAACGGCCAGAUUCCUCUAGUCAGUGCUCCUUUAACUCACAGAGUACAAUCAAUAACAAGGAGAAGAAGCUAGCUAGUGAAACGCUACUUAGCUAAUAAAACUUUUCUCUUUGUUAGUUUUUACCACGUGUAAUUUGUUCUCCAUGCACACAGAACACACCUACAAGCUUAAUUGGAGCCUUUGAGGAACUUCUCAUUCAUGCUAACUUUUAUCAUAUCCACGGGCUAACGACAGGCUUGAUGUAUUCCUGACAGUGCUGACGAGCUCACCAGCGCCCUCUACUUUCAGAAAUCUCACACUCAGUUUGUUCCCACCCAAAGUUUCUGAUGGCUGUCUCUAGACACGUUUGUUACGAGAUCACGUCAGACCCCACAAGGCUAACUCUCGGUUAGCUCACACUCGGCUAGCCCCCCUCCCCCGAUACAGUUCAGAAGUACAUCACUGUAUGGAAGAAAAGACACUGAUUCUGAUUCGUGCUGACUUGAACAUGCAGGUCUUUCUAAGACGUAAUCAUUGAUAUAAGCAACUUAGCCAGAGAGCAUUUUCCCGUAGUAUAAUGUUAGAUUUCAGUUUCAACGCCAUUCUUACCAAAAGAAGAAUCAUGUGGACACAAUCAUGUAAAUUUAAAGCACCGUUGUUUCAGUGUACAUUUCAGUUCUGACCUUCCCAGCAAAAAGAAUAAGAAAAAAGUAAGACAGCCUUUUGGGCAGUUGUCCCAAUUAGUGCUCCAUUGAAGUAGAUCGGUAUGAUGCUUUGGGGACACAGCACUGUGAAUCUGAAAAUAAAGAGGAUUUAGGAAUAAAGGCCAGGUUUUUCAUUCUCAGAUUAAAGAGAAAAUUAGCAAAAAUGCUAACAUAGGCCUCAGGAAAUGAAAGUUAGCAGUGACAGAGUAGUUAGCAUGUCCCGUUAGCAUAUCUGCCAGUGUUCCAAACAUUUGGGCGGUUCGGUUUAACUCAUGAGUAAUUGUGCUUAUGCAAGUGCUCCACCAUCCACGCUCCUUUCAACAUUACAGGCCCAUUUUUCUUUCUUUGACUGUUGCGAUGUCAGCGUUUGUGAGUGAACUGUUCCUGUAGGCAUGGUACGUUUUGAAGGCUUGGGUUCUGGAGGAGUUGUGUGAUUGAGCCCCAGUUAUGAAAGAAGAUAGAGAAGAUGGUCAGUAAUCACUUAUGAUUUUCAUUUUAAUCGUCUCGAUACUGGAUCUAGUUGUUAGGUGCUAGAAAUUGGAGCCAUGAUGGCUACAAUGGAAUGUUUAGUGAUGAUUUAGGUCGUACAUUUGAUUAGUAAUGGAUAGUUUGGGCUUAUAGUCUUCAUUGACCCCUCAAACAGUCAGCUUUUCUGAGGGCUGUUCCCCAGAAACUGAUCUGGGAGAAAAAAUGUUCUGGAGCUGUCAAAACCAGCAUAUACACAAAACUCAGCCCCAAACCCCACCACCAGUUAUCGCCCACUUGAGAUUUUUAGAAUAUGUUUCAUUUAGAUACUUUGGUAGACUUCCCUUCUUUCUUUUCUCCUUUCUUUCUUUUCUUAUUUUUUAAAUUAGAGCGUAGGGUAGGUAAUUUAUCAUUUCUUACUGCAUAGUGUAAGAUGAGUGUGUUGAAAAAAAGAAGAGAUUGUAGUUUUGGUUUUUUUUCAGCAGGGUCAUUAAAGGCCAUGUUAGUUUGUGAUGCAGUGUGUUGUACUGUUUCUGCAAUGCAUAUUGCAACGCUGGUAGCUAUUAAGAUUUGCUGGUAGCUAGUUAAAAAAACAAAUAAGUGGAAUCGGCAGAACAAGAGGUUUUGUUUACAUGAUGCCGUGGUUAAGAUCCUGGCGCUUGAUGGUUUCUGAGCCCCUGGCAGGAGAGGAGUGCUGUAACUAAAGGCAUUCCAUCAAACCCAUACGACUCACACCUCUAACAAAAGUGCUGUCAUUCAGCAAGCAAUUUUCUUUUUAUUUAACAGAACAGGUGAUGGGACAGGGGUCUGGUCAUGAGGCAAGAGGGAGCGUUGUCCAGUGUGGUACAGUAAGUUAUCCUUUAAACAGUGUUCUGAAACAGCUAAGGUUGUAGGAUUGUUUAAACCCCUUAAAUCUCCAGGCUUAUCAAAUUCUGUGGCUUAUUGCUGAGUAACUACAUAAAAUCAAUGCCAGCUGCUUCUGGCCAUUUUAGGGGUUUAUUCACUGUGAUAAAGGACUGAAUGGUAGUGUUGUUCAAUGCUUUGAUAUUCUAACACAGACAUUUAUGCAGGUAAUUCUCACUUUCGUGCAAAAAAUUCUUUUUUUUUUUAAAUUUAAUUUCCUAAAACCUCAAACUUCAAUCAGUCUUUGCAGCACUUAAAAAGACAUCGAGAAAUGUCCAAAAUUAUCUGGAAAAAGUAGUUUUUACAUUUACUUUAAUUACAAGUAAUUGAUAUUUUUCCUUCUCCUGUGAGGUUACCACUUUAGAUAUAAAAGGUUUUGUUCGGACAGGAACUAUAUAUAUAUUUUUGGAAUUUUACCCAAUUUUCUUCUAAAUUUUUUUCAUGGCUUGCUAGAUCUCCCUCUACCACACAAUGCUACCAAGCUGAAAGAGUAAAGGCUAACAUAUCCUUCCUUUAAGACAUGUGAAUCACAGCUGGUCCAGAUAUUAACGGCCUGCUGCUGAAGCCACACUUAGCCACACGAUUGCUGAAACCACACAGUCCCUGAAAGUUGUCCCAGGCAGAUGUCCAUCCCACCACCUGUCCUGUGAAGAUUUGCACUGCUCCACACUCACCUAUCUGAAGCUGUCAGCCCUCCUGCCAGGGCGAGGCCAGCCAUUGGUUGGGUUAGUAGCCCCGACGCCAGCAGAGAGAUCCUGUAGAAAGGUCUGCAAGCACGCCGUCUGCUUCUUUUUCUUCUUCUUCUUUAUCAUUUGCUUUUCAUGCCAGACAGGAACGCUUCGUAAGACCAGAUUUGUCGUCACCCCAGUAUGUCGUUUUUAAAGUGGCCACAGGUGAUGGUUGAACUUACUAUAACAUUUUUGAAAAUUUUGAUUAUGCAUUUGAGCUGGUGCAUGUUUAAAAAGAAAAAUAAAAAAACAAAAAAAAAAACAAAAAAGAAAAAAAAAAUUUAUUUCCAAACCCUUGACUAAUAUUUUUAUAGAACAGUAAUUAUGAUUGUUAUGCAUAUUGUUGAAAUGUUACAUUUUGAACACAUUAUCUUGUGUAUAAAUGCUUACCGUAUAUCUAGUAGAAUGAGGAGAAAAAAAGGCAAAAUGUACAUAAAAAUGUCUUUUUGUAUAAGAAAAUAUGUUUAUGUUUGUGUGUUUGGGUUUAGUUGUCAUAAGCUUGUGGCAAAGCCACAAAAAAUACUUGUGUUCCUUCUAAAGGAUCUGCUGUUGUUGGUGCACGCUCAGCACCGCAAACAUUAGCCUUUCCUGAGAGGGUACCUGGCUUCAGGUUCUUGGCCUGGAAAUGUGGACUUCUGUAAUUUCAGCCUCACUUGUUGUCAUUUUAAAGCAAGCCUCAGUUAGCUUCGAGGGGGAAAUGCAGAUUCCAUCGCCUUUUUCUUUGUACCUCCCCCAUAGUUUUUUUUCUCUCCAAGAUUCAUUUAAAAAUUUCUGCACUUCUUUUACGAUUCACUAUUGUCACACAAGCUUGGAGAUCUUAAAACACUUUUUUCUGUUUUAUUUCCUUCUGUUUCAAAAGAUUGCACUAGAUAACCUGGUAUUGGUAUUUUUUUUUGUCUAAGAAUUCUUCUUCUUCUUUUUAAAAAUGUAUUUCUCUAGAAAUAUUUCUGUUGGUCAACCUUAAUGAUGUGUCGUGAUAGAAAGUGUCUCAAAAGGCAGAGAAAGAGAGAUUAAAUAGCUGCUUUUUUAUGCUGUCCAUCAACAGUCAAUUAAUCGUAGCUUCCCUCCACCCCCCUCCAGAGGUCGUCCGUAUUGGCUUGCAGAGUUUGGGACUCAAUAAGUGAUAAGGCAGACAAUGUGAAGCCUCAUUUUAGUCAUGGAAUGUUUUGCAGUUGGUGCGAGAGGACUAGAUCCCGACCGAUAUAUCAGUUGGCCGAUAUUUACAAUGAGUGGGUUUAUCAAUAUCUGUGAAAAUACACCAUUAAUCAUUGAUUUGUUUGGGUGGGAUCUCCGAACAAAGUUCGUCGCACUUGACACUCCAACAUGGCUAUAUAACUGGAUCUGAACUGUUAUAGCGGAGUGAGCAAUAUGGCAAAAAUGCAACAUACAGUGCUUGAAGAUAUUUUCACGAUAUGCAUCACAAUAUUUGUUUUUCUGUUGGAAGACAGAAAAGGCCCCAAUGAAAAAGUGCCACAUUACUGUUAAUAGCUUCAUUAAUGUGAAGUAGUGCUCUUAUGAGACUUUGAAAGCUAAUUGCUAAUUGGCACCCCCUUGUGGAGAUGAUUCAGUCUGCUAAAUGUGAGUGAGUUGCAUGCAAGUUCUAUGAGGUGCUUCACAUUGAAAAAUUAUGAAUACAGUGAUUUUUAUUAAAUGUUUCACAUCCUGCACCAAAUUUAAUGAAACAGGAUUAAUGUUGCAAUUAAAUUUGCAGUUGUUUAGUGUGCUUUAGGUUUUUCAGAGGAACAUGCUAUGACCAGUGUUGGGGGAGUUACUCAGAAGAAGUAAACCGUUAAAAGUUACUAAUUCGUUCUCUCUAAAUUUAGUGGAAUUUCACUAUUCAUUACUUCUGCAUUACUCUGGAAAACAAGAGUACACAAGAAAACUUAGUAAUCGUUUUUGUAGUUUAUUCAAAAAGAAAUAGCUGAUCACAGUGAAUUUCAAAGGAAUGAGUAUCCCCACCUUUUAAAAAUGAAGAAAUUUUAUAUUUUUCAUCUACAUCUGGAUGAUGUUAAAACAAGCCAGGGCUUGAAUGUUGAGUUGUACUUUAUGUUUAUGUUGUGUCUUAUUCUGUGAGUUUAUUGGCAAGCUGAAAACCAUACAUCAGAUUGUUGCCCAGCUCAUGUAGACCAAGAGUUUUCCAUUAUCUGAUUAUUCAAGUGUAUGUAAACGCAAUGAAACAAUUACCAACGAAAUCAAAUUUUCUUAUCUUAUCUUAUUUUUCCAUGCACUUAAUAAAAAAGUGUAUUAAGUGCAUGGAAAAAUGUCCAGAAACAAUUUAAAUGAUCUAAUCAUUUUCCUUACAACAAUCUCAGAAAGAGAAAUAUUGGCUACAUUGACUAGCCAUUAUUUGUCAUAGGAAAUCAAAAUACCAUUUUUGUACAGAUUGUUGACAGAGUUUAUGGCACUGUCUGCGCUCAUGUGGCACAUCUCACAAUCACAAUACACACAUUCUCUUUAAUGUGGAAGUAACACAAGUUACCUUUGUGAUGUAAAUUUUAAUGAUAAAUUAUUGUCAUAUUUCCCACCUCAGCUGGCUAAUAUUAUCAGCUAUCAGAAUUUUCAGCCCCUUAAAGUAGGUAUUGGUAUCGGUCACUCAACGAUCCUAUCGGUCAGGCCCUAAUACGCACAGAAAACAUUGUGAUCAGCAGGAAUUCAAGCCCCACUCUGGUCAGAGUGCCUUUUCCAGUCUCAGCCCAGUAUUGAAUGUCAGAGUUCAGCUCUAGGAUGCACUGCUCUGGUAGUCUGGAUGUGCAAUGGCAGAUCGUUUGACCCUGUGUGUGAUUCGAUAUGCUGUGUUCCCUGAUGGUUAACGUCUCAGUGUUUGAAGAAGAAUAUGGUUAGUACUGUAUUAUAUUAAUAUAGUAUGCAUAAUUAUGCACUAUAGCAUCGCAGCGAGUAGGGGAAGAGGCAUAUGGCGAAUAUUGGCACUUUUAAAGUUAGUCGUGUGUAGCUAAAUUGAGGGUAAUAGGCAUGAAAUGUCGCUUGUAUUCCACAUUUUGUUUUACCCGUUACAGAAAAGUGUUUCCAGAUUAGUUCUUGGCCUGCAGUUCAGCCACUGGUUGAAGAUGAGUGUUGUAGUGAGGAUAUAAGACUCGAGUUAGCGAGUCUAGUUAGGCUUUAGUCUCGUAUUUUAUUCUUUUUUUAUUCUACCCUUCCAUGGUCUGGAUAUUAAACGUGAUGGUACUAUGAUCUAAGUGAAACAGCAAACCUCUGCAAGUUCUUUGUACUAUGUUUCCUUUCCUUGUAUGUAAGGGCUGGACAAUUUAUUCAGGGCAGAGUCUCUGGAAUUUGGUCUCUACUUUUUACCUUUUUACAUUCUUUUAUUCUUUUUUUUUAUUAAUACUUGUCCACGGUUCAAACAGCUCAUAUAAGACAGCACAGCUAAUACUGGAAUUAUCCAUUGGAAGCCUGGGACUCGGUGCAUGGAAAAGUCAACGUGCAUUGGCAAAACACCUGGGAUAAUCUCUGCUCAAGAAGACCUUUUAGAGGAAAUCAGCUCAAUCCUCGCUCGCUGAGAUUAAAGUAAGGCAGCUUUGCUCUUUUUUUAACAUUCAAUUUGGAUUUGACCACCAGCCUCCUGAGCGCACUUAACGGACCUAGAGACAAAGUGAAACUGUCUGCAGCUACAACAGUGAGCGUCAUCUGCACUCAGACAGCUCAGAAAGCCCAAAGGGCUGAUAGUAUAGGCCUUAGAGUGUUUUGUCAUUCCUUUAAUCUAAAUAAAAUGAGAAGAACACAGGCUGCUUAUAAAAAGGAUUUAUAGUCUCUUACUUUUAUCAAGGUUUUCAAUUUAACCCUCUAUUGCACGAUGUUGCCUCAAGGCAGCGAACUCGUUUUCCUCACUUUACUAAUGUUAUACAUAUUUAAAGAUAACGAUAGGGUUAGCAGUAAAGGGAGAAGCAUGGACUUGAUCAUGGAUUCAUGGAUAGAUCGUGCAUUUAGACCUCUUUUUAACAUUCAGUAUCAAUUUUUUUGUUAGUAGAAUUUGCAGGAAUAUGUUUGUUGCCUAUGGAUUUGGAAUGGAUUUAGCCAGUCACACGGCAGGUCUCCUGCGUACAUUUUUUUAUGUUUGUGAAUUUUAUAAUCAGGUCCGAAAAAAUAAAUCAAGGACAGUUUUAUGCAAGAAAAGUUGAUUUGAUAGAUUUUUUUUAAUUGCUCCCGUAGUGUGUGCAGUAGAGGGUUAAAACUGAGCUAGCAUGUUCUUACAAAUUGGUUUCUGGAGAAAAAGACAACUAGCAUACGUCAGCAACCAUGAACAGCACGACAAGAGAACAUUUUUCCUUAGUAAAAUUUUGUGCUAACUGUUGUAGCAUUUAUUUCUUAGCUAGUUAGCGAGCUGCAUUAGCAGUGGUUCAGCUUGUGGAUCAUCUUUAGUGCAUCCCACUAGACUUUUUUGGGGGCUUUAAGCUUAAGUUUUGACAUUGUCUAUCACUUCUUGCUAGGACCAGUCCUCUGUGAAUUUUAUAUUUUAAACAGGCUAUGUUGCUAGCCCCUUAGCUAGUCAAUGCUGCUUUGCUAAGCGCAUGUCUUUUAGAGCACCGAUUGACGUUUUUCACAAAAAAAUUACGCUAUUGAAUCCAAUUUCUUACUGAGUUCGAAAAACUUGAUAAAAUGAUGUGAUGUCCUGCUAGCCGGGUCUGUAAACCAAACAGGAUUUAUCCCAGCUGUGUUUGAGCCAAAGCUGUGUUUGAGCUAAAGCUGUGUUUGAGCUAAAGCUGUGUUUGAGCUAAAGCUGUGUUUGAGCUAAAGCUGUGUUUGGUGUUAAAGGAGAGCAACAACUGAGUCUCACAUGCUUUAUUGCGUUUCGGUGAGGUCCUUUUGGCUUUACCUGCCUUCAGCUGUGGCUCCUUCUUUCAACCCGUUCAUAUUUCCAUGCACCCGAGUCAGUGUUUUCUUAUGCAGAUCCUGGACCGAUGAUGGUAAAAGCUGGCUGCAUGAAAGUGGUUCCAUUGGUGAUCAUUUUUCAUGACCAAUCUGAGAUUGUUUUCAUUCUUCUAUUCAUUUUGCUCGCUUUUCUCAAGAAACCAGCAGGUGAAAGCAGAAGUAUUUACUCGUGAACAGUAGUAGAUACCAAAACAAAACUGAAAAAAAAAACAAACAAAAAAAACAGAAACAUCGUCAACGAGCAGUGCCUGAACAUUUUACCGCUUCGGUUUACUCUCUCCUUUUUCUCCUAGGUUCUCACCAUGAGGUUCUUCUGUAUCUGAAUGCUUCUGUUCCACAUGCUUUGGUUCAUUACUCACCAUUCAGAGAGCCAGAUUUACUCAAGCCUCUAAAUACCACAGCACGACUGGUGCAAUACAUUCACCUCGACCAGUCUUUAGGAAUGUUUCUACUCUUCUUUUUGGGUUGUUUUUGCCUGAAGGGCUGGGGCUUUCGUAAGUCUGGCCUCAGGCGUGAUAGCGAGGUUCCUCAGAGGGGAUCUUGGGUGCCUGCUAGUCAUGGUUUCUGUUGAAAGGGGUGAAAAGCCAUGUAAAUGCUUUGCAGUUAUGCAAUCUUUUUUGAUAAUACUAUCAACUAUGAAAUGCCAAAACACUCUGAAGCACUGUCUGUUUUGCUGAAUGGGGUGUAUUCAGAGAUAAAAACGCGCUCCAAACACAUUAAUGGGUGACAUCUAAACUGGUUUAUCGUGCCCGCUCCUGUUCAGAAUAACUCAUUUUGGUUCUUGGUCUUUUAUUUGUAAUUGUAUUUCAUUUCUCUGUGUAAUUUUCUUGGGUUUUUUUUUUCAAAGCAUGCUGUUUCCUCUCUGUUAGGAGGUUGACGCGAUGGCGAAAGUAAGAUGGUUGAAAUGUUUCUCAGAGAACAUUCUAAUGCAGUGUUAAAUUUCAAGGGUUUUUUUUGUUUUUGUUUUUUUUCUGUUUGUUUUUGUUGUUUUUUUUCCUCUCAUUAUUCUUUGCAAUUAUUACCAUAGUAGUUACGCAUUAACCGCUUGCUUGCUGCACAGACACAAACUUCACACCAGGGAAGAGCAUGUGGAUAUUUAGUUCACAUCAUACAAUAAACAUAAAACCGGCACGUUGUCAUAGUAACACACCCACAUUUUUCUUUCUGACAGCUCAGAAUUUCUUUUGUUCUUGUUUGUCCACCUUUCAUUUUGAAACUUUACGGGGAAAUUCUAUCAGCAAAAGUCGGUAAUCAUGUUUCCAGCAAAUUGUUUCCAAAACGGAAGUUUUUUUUAAGAAAAUGCACAAAACCAAACUAAAUUUGCCAUAUGUUUUUGAACUGGUGUGAGGAGAAAAUUUACAGCUUUGACAAUAUUUCAUUAUAACAUUGUAUUCCGCCAUCGCUGUUCGCAAAAAUCGCUCAUGAAUACAGUACUGGAAGUGAGUAUGUUUCUCUAUGCAAAAAAAAGUAUAAAAAUUAAUAAACAAAGCUAUGCUACAACUCAGAA